GGAUGUAUCUGACUUUUGAGAUGUUAUAGGACAAGUGGGACCAUUGCACACGAGUAGUUGGACUAUAUGGAGCGGCUUAAAAACAUAGCCCGUAACACUUCACCAGUUCGAUUCUUCCUCAGGAAUAGAAAUGGAGAUAUUUGCUUGGGAGAAUGUGGCGAUAUGCUCAAUAGGGCCAGAAUGGCCUUCCAGGACGGCCGCACCACCAGCGAAAAGUUCAGGUUGGCCCAGCUGGACGCUCUGAUACGCCUUGUCUUUGAGCACGAGAGUGACUUGGCUGAUGCACUGGGCAGGGACCUCCACAAGCCUCGCUUCGAGACUGUGGUUUCAGAGCUGAUCCUGGUGAAGAAUGAAGCUCUCUAUGCCGUAAAGAACCUUCACAAAUGGAUGGAGCCCCAACAUGUUGACAGAAAUCUGUCCACAGCUCUUGAUGCUUGCAUGGUGGUGAAUGAGCCUCUUGGCACCGUAUUGAUUCUGGGGUCCUGGUCAAGCCCUGUACAACUGUGCCUGGUGCCUCUGGUUGGGGCCAUAGCUGCAGGUAAUUGUGCAAUCAUCGUCCCGUCUGAACACUGCACAUACACAGCAGAGCUCCUUCACAGACUCCUGCCCUCAUACCUGGAUAACGAAUGUUACCAUAUUGCCCUUGCUACAGAAAAAGAAAGUAUUGAGAUUGUGGAUUUGAAGUUUGACCAUGUCUUCUUCUCUGGCUGUCGUGAAGAAGGCACCAAGGUGUGUCAGGCCGCAGCUCGCCACCUCACGCCCGUCACCCUGAUUCUGAGCGGCAAGAACCCGUGUUACGUGGACCGCGAAUGUGACAUCAACAUCACGGCCCGCCGCAUCGCCUGGGCGCGGUUCCACAACAGCGGGCAGAACACUGCCUCGCCGGACUAUGUUCUAUGUCACGCCCAGGUGAAGGAACCUCUGCUAUGGGCCCUUCGCGACGCCCUGGUGGAGUUCUACGGUUCGGAUGCGCGGGAGUCGGAGAGUUACGGGCGGCUGGUGAGCAUGGAGAACUUCACCCGCGUCAGAGACCUGCUGUGGAGAUCGGGGAAAGUGCUCAUAGGUGGACAGGUGAACGAAGCGGAGAGGUUUGUUGCACCAACAAUAUUGACAGACGUCUCCGAGAGGGAUCCAGUGAUGCGGCACGAGUAUUCUGGUCCAAUCCUUCCUGUCCUCACGGUGGAGAAUGUUGACGAAGCCAUAUCGUUCAUCAACAACAGAGACAAGCCUCUGUGUGUGUAUGUCUAUUCCAGCAGCACUAAGGUGAUCUCCAGACUGAUGAAGGAGACCACCAGUGGCAGCUUCUGCUCCAAUGACAGUGUUCUACAGAGCCUCAUGCCCUGCCUGCCCUUUGGAGGAGUGGGGCAGAGUGGGAUGGGCUCCUACCACGGACGCUACAGCUUUGACACCUUUUCCCAUAAGAAGUCCUGCCUGUUGCGGGCCACCCGGGUGGAGUGCCUCACCUACCUGCGAUACCCGCCCUAUGACGACCGUAACCUGUCCCUCAUGACCUGGGCGAGCACCCUCACACAGAAGAGCCAGGGCUGGUGCCACAUCCUUUGAGGGGUUAAACUACAGCUACUGUAUUUGGUGUGGUCCAAAUGGAAGAUUAAAGGAGAAUUCCUGCCACUUUCAACAUUGUAUUGCUCAGUCCACACUUGACUUGUUAGUACCCGGAGGUGGGAAGAAGGGAAAUUCCUGGCCGAUUUCAACAUGCAGUUGUAUUGCUCACACUAGUCAAUAACAAUUGUGCUGUAAGGCGUCUACUGAUGUUGUAUAACUUUUGGAAUGAUAUUGGAAAACGUUCAGUCAUUUCAAACAAUAUGUUACCAAACCCUUGUCCCAUUUGCUGGCCAGGAUCUCGGAAAUGGCUGAAAAGUUUUUUGUGUCUUUGGGUACUGACAAGUCAAGGGUAGACCGAGCAAUGCAACUUCAUAUUAAAAUUGUUUGGAGUUCUCCUUUAAAUAAAAUAAAUUGAGUCAGAACAGGAGCCCCAUCUUAUGAGGUGCUAAACUACUACCAUUUGGUGUGGUGACUGUCCUGAUGGAAGAUUGAUAGAGAUUAAGCCAGUGAUGAUGUGAACAUCAUCUAAGGUGCAAAACUACUGUACAGCUAUUUAGUGUGGCCCUGAUGAAAUAUUUAACUAGAUUGAGAGGAUGAGUGAUGAUGUGUCUUGUUUGAAAGUUAUCAGACAGCUGGCUUUCAGACAGAUAAAGUGAGUCUUUUAACUAAGAUCAAGGUUAGGGCUGUUGUCACAUCUGAAGGGUGUAAACUACAGUUAUGUUAGUCUGGUCUUGAUCUGAUGAAAAAUGAAUGCAAUGCUUUGUGGAUUCUUGCCAGUUUCACUUCUGCUUCUUGUGGAAAACAAACUUUGUCUGAAUAUGUAUUAACCCUGACCCUGUUUUGUGAUAUAAUGAAUGAAAUGUAUUUCAUAAAUUGAACAAAAAUCCUAUGAAUUAAACAU